AUGAAAACCAUAAAAAACGAGAACUCACCGGAAUUAUGGCUCGUUGUGAUUACCUUGUUUAGUAUUAUGCUAGGAUGUCGGAUCGGCUUAUCGGUCAGACGAGUCUUUGAGGAGGUCGGAAAAAUCACCGUUCAUUUCGACUCUGAGAAUCUCGAUUCUAGCAUGCAGUCGAGUAACAUGUCUAAAAUAUACAUAGCCCCAAAUCCAUGCAAAACCGAAGGAUUAACCACACGAGUACUCGCGGGCCACCCAGAUUUUUCAUUACGUGUUAAUGUAGGAAAUGAAACUGUAAGAAAGCCGAGUUAUCUUCUAAUACUAACAGUUGGGAUUCGACAAAAAGAUAUUGUGGCUAAAAUAGUCUCCAAGUUUUCCCAAGACUUUGCAAUCAUCUUGUUUCACUACGAUGGGAAAACAAGCGAGUGGGACCAGUUUGAAUGGUCACAAAGAGCUAUUCAUGUAAGUGCACUAACACAGGCUAAAUGGUGGUAUGCGAAAAGAUUUCUCCAUCCGGAUUUAGUAGCACAGUAUGAAUACAUAUUCAUGUGGGACGAAGAUUUGGGUGUCGAACAUUUCAAUGCACAAGAGUACAUAAGACUUGUGAAGAAAUACGAUUUGGAAAUAUCACAGCCUGCAGUUAAAUCAAACACGAACUUGUCAUGGAAGAUGACACAAAGAAGGAAGAAUGUUGAAAUCCACAGGUUUUCUGAGGAACCGCCCGAGUAUUGUCCCAAUCCAUUUUCGCCCCCUUGUGCAGGGUUUGUUGAAAUUAUGGCUCCAGUAUUCUCAAGAAAAUCUUGGAACUGUGUUUGGCACAUGAUUCAGAAGCCAGAAGAAAAGAUAGGUGUGGUUGAUGCACAAUGGAUCAAGCAUUUGGUAUUGCCUACUCUAAGCGAUGAGAGUAAAUCCAUAAAUCGAACACAAGCACGGCUUGAGGUUCGGGCAAGGAGUCAUGCCGAAUGGAAAGAGUUCGAAAAGAGAAUGAAAGAAGCAGAAAAGCAGCAUUCGGUUAAGCUGUAA